AAUAUUGUAUACGUGAUAAUCAACAGUUUAUUUUAGGUUCCGCAAGACAACUGAAGAGGACAAGUUUUUACGGGAAUAUUUAGUGGUUUAACUGUUUAAAUUGAUUUUCUGAAGAUGGCAUCCCAAGACGUUAUAAAAGACCCUCUUCUAGUCGUUGCCAUUGAUUUUGGAACAACGUUCAGUGGUUAUGCCUUCCAAUUCAAACAUGAAUAUUCGAAAGAAGACCCCACUAACAAAAUAAGCGCACCUCAGGCCUGGAAUGAUGGGAAAAUGCAAGUGGCGUCAAUGAAAACACCCACGUGUCUGCUGCUGAAAAAUGACGGAGAGAUCGAAAGUUUUGGAUAUGAGGCUGAGCGAAGGUUUUCGGAGAUAUGCGAGGAUGAAGAUGAGAACCCGAAAGAUUGGUAUUUCUUCAAAAGAUUCAAAAUGAAGCUGCAUGAUUUGAAAGUUCUCUCCGCAUCAACUCUCAUCGUAGAUGAGCAAAAUAAAGAAUUUCCAGCAAUUGAAGUCUUCUCCAAGUCUAUUCUUUGCCUGAAAACAAAGCUUCUCGACGAGUUGAAACGGAAAAAGACUCUUGUGCAGAUAGGCGACAUUUUAUUUGUGUUGACAGUUCCCGCCAUUUGGAGCGACAACGCCAAAGAUUUUAUGAGGCAAGCUGCAAGAAAGGCAGGCAUUGAUGAUAACAAGUUGCUCAUAUCUUUGGAACCAGAAUCGGCGUCACUGUUCUGUCAGUAUCUUCCCGUCGACCGGUUUACCAUUGGCGGUGAAGCACAGUGUGCAUUAGCAGCACCAGGGACUGUUUAUAUGAUUGUUGAUCUGGGUGGUGGCACAGCCGAUAUCACAGUGCACGAGAAACUCGAGAAUGGAAAGUUGCGAGAAGUCCACCGUGCAUGCGGGGGACCAUGGGGUGGGACAGCAGUCGACGCUUUCUUCAUUCAAGUGUUGUCAAACAUUGUGUCACCAUUAGGGAUGUCAGAGUUUAUGCGAGAACAUUGCGGUGACUACCUUGAUCUAAUGCAAGAGUUUGAAGUUAUAAAAAGAAAAGUUGACACUCCCUCAAACAAGACUUUCAACAUCAAAGUUCCAGUAACUCUCACGGAUGUGUCCGUUAAACACCUUAACAAGUCGUUCGCUGAAGCCGUGGAUUCUAGCAUGUAUGCAGGAGUAAUGAAGGUUACUGGAGAUAAACUGAAGAUGGAUUCGACAGAGGCGAAAGACCUGUUUCAGAAAGUCGUUGAUAAAGUAACUAUUCAAAUGCAGAAGUGUAUAGAUGAUGUAAGCAGGUUGACGUCGGGUCGUGCCAUUUCUUUGAUUUUGAUGGUUGGAGGAUUCUCGGAAUCCUUGUUUGUUCAGCAAACAAUAAAAAACAGGUUUGAGGGUGUUAAUGGGAUAACAGUUCUAAUACCAGAGGAAGCUGGCCUAGCUGUUCUUAAAGGUGCUGUCAUAUUCGGGAGGCAACCAGAGAGCAUCAUGUCCAGGAUUUUACGGUAUACAUACGGCGCUGAAAUCACACCUCCCUUUGAUCCAAAGAUCCAUGAUGAGAGUUUGAAAACUGCAGACGGCAAACGUUGUAAUAAAGUAUUCCGUGCGUUCAUUGAAAAGGGUACGGAGGUGUGUCAUGGUCGCCCUCUAGAAAACAUAUACCAUACCACAACACCUUUCCAAAAAUCAAUAAAACUAAAGAUAUUCAGCACUGAAAAUGACUCUAAGAUAAAGUACACCACAGACGAGGGGUGUAACUUUGUCGGAAAUUUGGAAAUGAAGAUAAAUCCAACAAAAGAAUUACAAGACCUGAAAGUGGAGUAUGUUUUUGGUGGUACAGAACUUUCAGUUAUAGGAACGGAAGUGAAGUCAAAGACGCGGUGUGAAACCACUAUCAGUAUGAAUAACUAGGUGUAAGACCACUAUAUUGACAUGCUUUAUGAACACAGUUAGUGACGCUUUGACAAUUAUUGUUUCCCUUUGCCAGUUAUGUCAUAUCGUUUAAUAUUUAUAAUACAAAAUGUACAUCUCAUGUUCGGUAUAGUUCAAUUUCUUAAGUGACUAUAAUCGGCAGAAUACGCCUAUCUCCGAUGUUGAAAAAUGAUCACGUGAUAGUAUCUUCCCAGUGUAGAACGAAAUGUAGUUUCGUCUUGUGCCUGUCCUGUUUUUGUUUGGCGUCCUGCUGAGCUCCUUGCCGGCAGUACUAUGUUGCUGGGUUGUGUGGGGGAUGCCUUCAUUCCUUAAGCUUGUUGAUCUUGUUUUUCAUAUACAUGUAUUAUAUUCCGAACAUCAACGUUAACGUGGCUUGUAUGCAUUUAAUAGACGAAUCACGACAUGACAUUAUUUUUUUAUUCACAUUUAUCUUAUUUUUUGUAAUAUAAGUUAAUAUGUACAAAUUGAUUCACAGAUGUCACAAUAAAUUGACAAAAUACUUAUUCCCUGAUUGAAUAAGACUUAAUUUUUUAAAGCACAUUGUAAGCUUUAGCUAAAAAAUUAAUGAGUGAUUCAAAUUAUGUCCUCGGAAUUCAAAGCGGAUAGAGCGUACGAAGUAUUCAUUUUCACUCUCUUAACAGCGUUCCAACUCCAUCAGUCGGUGACUGAAUAAAUCAGUCCUAUGCAUUGAACCAUGGUGAAAUCAGUUUUUUUAUAUGUAAAUUAUUUUUCAUUAUUCUAUUAUUGAUAUAGCCGGGAAUUUUAGUAUAGAAAUCAUACAAUUUGGCAGCCGGCUAUAGUCUUGCUUAACUGUAUAAACAAACUGAAUAUGCCAAAUGUUGUGGUGGACAUUCAAAGAGAUAAAAUGUCUUACUUCUGAGUCAAAUCUGUCGCUUUUUUAUUAAAAUAUCUUUGAGAUAACAACAUUUUUUUUAUUUCAAGUGUUUUAUCUGUUUGAAAUAGGCACAUAAUUGAUUACUUAAUGUGACAUUGCCUCUCAAAUGUUUAUAUACGGGUGCGAAAUUUGGGGUUAAAAAUACUGAACAUUUUAAACAGUUUAUUUAAUGGUAUACGCAUGCAAUCGUAUAAUAUUUGAAAUAAUAUGUGUUGUCCCAUGCAUGUUGUGGGGGUUUUUUUGUGGGGAAGGGGGGUCAACGGGUUCUUGCAUGUAACGUUUAGAAACCUGUUUUUUUUACAAAGCCAUUUGAAAUAUCUCACACUUAAUAAUAAAAGCAACGAUUUGGAUUGAUCUUUUCCUUUAAUGUUUUCAGAUUUUUUAUAAAUAACCGAAUAUUUUUGCUAGGUUUCUAUCAUUCUUCAGAAUUUCAUGACAUGGUUUUUUGUUGUAUUUUUUUGUUGUUUUUUUUAAAACACAUGGCAAAAUAGGAAAAUUAAACUGUUUUAUUCAUAACAUAAUAACAUAAGCAGUUUAUUACUUUACCGAAUACUCGGACUAUAGAUAUUAAGAAGAUGGUUUAAUAAUAUUUUUAGAAUUAAUUGCUUGAAUAUUAAUGUCACAUUGCAAUUUUCACAAAAUAACGUAAAAAUGUAACUCAUAGAGUUAGUACUUCCUUAUAAUUAAAAAUUGUGAUUAUUGUUUUUCACUAUAAAAUGUAAUCGUAAAGUAAAUUAUUAUUAGAAUUAAAAUUGAUUUUUGUUUAAAAUAUAGAAAAUUAGUAAAAACUAAUGUGUUGUUCACCAUUUAUAUGAAAAUAAAAGUAUUUAAACUAG